AGGCCGCGAUGCGCAAGACGCAGUCCUUGCCUGGUCUGCAGCGAGCGCCUUUGUGCCCUCCUGGUCGUCCUGGGCUUUGGCCCCACGACAUCGCCUGGAGCGAGUAUAAGGCACCCCCUGUGAGGUGGGAGAAUCCUAACGUCAAGUUGAGCAGUCUCCAGGCCUAUCAGGAGCGAUCCGUUUGGGCGGAGGAUGCUUUCCACAUCCAUCGACCCUUGAAUCAGCGCUUACCGCGACCGAAGCCGGACAAGGUGUGGCGCUUGACGGAUGCGGGCACCAAGUACUCCUUCAACGAACGCAGUUGCAAUGCGAGAGAUGCGGCCAGUAGCAACUGGGAUAUGUGGAGGCCUGCGAAUCAUUGUGCAGCUCCCUGGAAGAAUAGUGUCUAUCCCCGAGCGCUCUAUAGCUCUGUGUCCUGCGGUUCUGCUUCGAUGGUCCAGUGAUGCCGCUUUGCCGCCAGGGAUUGAGGCCGGUGUCACUGUGGGAAGCAGUGGGAUGCUCUUGGGGAUGUGAAUUCAGAUCAUUUGACGUUUU